AUCUACUUCUAUUAGCCGGCUAGCAACUGUUAGCACGUGCUGCAUAAGGCUAAAUUUAGUUUAUACUCGAACAAUGAGCACUGCAAAGUUUUUCCUUUUUAUUUUAUAUUUUUAUAACCAUAUUCAUAUUUGCCUUACAUGCUACAAGUUUUAAUUUCGCUUAAAAUGGCAAUGUUUUAAAUUACUAUAGACUUUCCUGUUUUGAUUUUUGUCAUGUUGCAAUAAAGUUAUACAAAGGGAGAAAAAAACACAGCCGUGUAAUGCUAGCUUGUAAGAUCCCAUACCGGUGAAGCUAACCCUGACAGCUGCGAGGCACCGGUUGGGAAACAAACACUGAUCAAAGAUGGCAGAGGCAGUAGCAAAUGUGGUCCAAAGAAUUUAUGCAGUGAUGGAGGGGGACAAAGAUAGUCUGGACCUGUCGAACUGCCAGCUCACUUCUUUCCCUGAGGGUGUGUUCCAGCUCCUGAGGGGAGUCAGUGACAACAUUCACGUCAUUUCAUUGGCUAACAAUGAGAUGAAGGCCAUUUCCAGCAAGUUUUUCUCAACUUUCACUCAGCUCAAAGAGGUUGAUCUACAAGGAAAUGUCCUCACCAAGCUCCCCGACAACAUUGCAGAACUGCAGCAUUUGACUGCCGUCAAUCUGGCUAAUAACAGCUUCUCAGCCUUCCCUGAUAAGCUUACAGAAAUAGCCACCCUGGAGAGGAUCAACCUGGAGGGAAACCGCAUCGCCGAGAUACCCGUGGAGAAACUGUCCGACAUGGCGGCGCUGAAGUGGCUGAACGUGAGGUCAAACCCUCUGAGCUCCAGCACUCAAACUGCUCUGCAGUCUCCCCACAAAUUUGAUGUUUUGUCAGCAAAUGAGCCUUAGACUCUAUGCAAGUGUGAUCAAUAUAUUAUUCUGAACUGGUUGUGGCUUUAACUACUGAAGCUGUAAACUUUAAAGUGGCGGCUCGGUGAUGGGAUACAAACUUGAAUGGGGAGAAACAGGAAUUUCUGAUGAUGGAAAAACUCCAUCCAGAUGCCUUUUUUUUAUCAUUUAGGAUACAAUUUCUCUCUGUGUUCAUAACCGGGCUUUCAAAUGCUUUGAGUUUUCCUGCCUUAUUUAUUACUUUGAUUUUUCACAUCACAAAUAAACAGUUUUGAAAUUUU